AUGCAGCGCGAAUCACCAGAUACAUGUGAGAUUUGUGCACGAAGUGUGAGGUCGUCUGUGAGAGUGCCGCGCUGGUAUAGUCCGAUGGUGACAUUUUGGACAAGACAUGUAUGUCCUUCCCUAGAGGAGGGUGCAUACAGAGAUCACUUGGCACUCGAGCGCACCUUCCUCGCCUACCUCCGCACGUCCCUCAUUCUUGUCAUGACGGGGGUCAUCAUCGCGCAGCUAUAUCAUCUCCAGCGUUCUGCGACACCAAAUCCGCGAUAUGGAUUCUAUGUCAUUGGAGGCCGUCUGAGCGCCGUGUUCAUUGCUACAGCGAUUGUGGUACUGCUUGUUGGGGCUGCUAGGUUCUGGAGAAUUCAAAGACGACUACUAAGGGGAAAGACGCUCACGGGCGGAUGGGAAGUGAUGUUGAUCAUGGGAUUAACUGCUUUGCUCUUAAUCGGGACUUUUGCGUUGGUACUAGGUGUCGAUAUCGAGAAGACCUACUUCAACGGCUAG